GGAAGACUUCCGCCGGUCUCUCUGCUACAACAAAACAGCUGUCAAUUUUCUGUUUUUGGAAACCACGUUUUGUUUUGUGAAUGUAAAAAGUCAAUUUCACAGUUAUUUUGUGAAUAUUAUUGUAUAGAGAGCCAAGAAAGAAGAUGGCCCCGAAAAAAGUGGAGGAACCAGAAAAAAAGCCGCUGAUUGGUCGAGUGGGAACUAAUCUUAAGGUUGGCAUCGUCGGUGUUCCGAACGUUGGAAAGUCUACUUUCUUCAAUGUCCUCACCAAGAGCCAAGCCGCAGCAGAGAACUUCCCUUUCUGCACCAUCGAUCCUAAUGAAAGUAGAGUACCGGUGCCUGAUGCCAGGUUCGAUUACUUGUGCGAGUAUUACAAACCUUUGAGCAAGGUGCCGGCGUUCUUGAAUGUGGUGGACAUUGCAGGGCUUGUGAAGGGAGCAGCUGAGGGCCAAGGGCUCGGCAACGCAUUUCUCUCCCACAUUAAGGCCUGUGACGCCAUCUUUCACCUUUGUCGAGCGUUUGACGAUGACGACGUGACCCACGUAGAGGGUGAGGUGAACCCUGUGAGGGACCUGGAGAUAAUCAUGGACGAACUUCGGCUCAAGGACAUGGAGUACGUGGCCACCAACCUGGAGAAACUGGAGAGGACAGUCGUUCGUGGCAAUGACAAGAAACUGAAACCGGAAUAUGAUUUCAUGGUCAAAGUAAAACACAUCUUAGAUGACGAGAAAAAGCAGUUGAGAUUUUCAGAUUGGAACGCUGUAGAGAUAGAAAUGCUUAACAAGCAUAUGUUCCUGACGACAAAACCAGGCAUCUACCUUGUGAAUCUCUCUGAAAAAGACUACAUUAGGAAAAAAAAUAAGUGGCUAAUCAAGAUAAAGGAGUGGGUGGACAAGAACGACGCUGGAGCAAUUUUGAUUCCAUUCUCGGGAAUAUUCGAGAACAAACUGAUCGACAUGGAUCCAGCCGAGAAGACCAAGUAUUUGGAGGAUAAUAACACGACCAGUGCCCUGGACAAAAUUGUCGUUCAAGGCUACAAGGCACUUCAGCUGCAGUACUUCUUCACGGCUGGGCAUGAUGAGGUCAAAGCAUGGACUAUACAGAAAGGCACCAAGGCACCUCAAGCGGCAGGUAGAAUUCACACAGACUUUGAGAAAGGUUUCAUCAUGGCCGAAGUGAUGAAGUUUGACGACUUCAAAGAAGAAGGGUCUGAGGCCGCUUGUAAGGCAGCAGGCAAGUACAGGCAGCAGGGUCGACAAUACGUCGUCGAAGACGGAGACAUCAUUUUCUUCAAAUUCAACGCAGGAGCAGGACUCAAGGACGCUGGAAAGAAGAAGACAUAACCGAAACCUUCGAUGGAUGCCCUUUCAAACUCUUUUAAUUUCACUCAGCUUUUGUUAUCUAAUUUAUCCCUUAUGUUGAUCCACAUCACCGGAUUGUAAUAUAUGCCAGCCAAAUACAGACAGAUUGACACUGGUUUA